CAUGUUUAGUUUGUUUUCAAUAUUCACAUCGUAAAGUCAACAAAUCAGUUGUCGUCGAAACUUGCGUAGUUUUGUGGCUUUUUAUACAAAAUGAAUCGACUUUUCGGUAAAUCGAAACCCAAAGAACCUGGCCCAAGCAUCAGUGAUUGUGUCCAAGGGGUCGAUGCCAGGGCGGAAACUAUCGAUCAAAAGAUCAAAACACUAGAUGCCGAGUUACGAAAAUAUAAGGAUCAAAUGGCCAAAAUGCGCGAGGGUCCGGCGAAAAAUGCCGUCAAACAGAAAGCGUUGCGUGUGUUGAAACAACGUAAACAAUAUGAAAACCAGGUCGAAAAUCUUCGCAAUCAGUCCUUCAACAUGGAGCAGGCGAACUUCGCCGCGCAAACUCUCAAGGACACUCACACGACGGUGGCCGCAAUGAAGGACGGCAUGAAGUCGAUGAAGAAGGAAUUCAAAAAGAUUAACAUAGAAGAAAUCGAAGACAUUCAGGACGAUAUGGCCGACAUGCUGGAACAGGCGGACGAAGUGCAGGAAGCGAUGGGCCGUGCCUACGGAAUGCCAGAGAUUGACGACGAUGAACUGCAGGCGGAGCUGGAUGCGCUUGGUGAUGAAAUUGCGCUGGACGAUGACGCCAGCUAUCUGGAUGACGUGGUGAAAGCUCCGGCGGCACCAGACAAGGAACCUGGCGCGGACAGUGUCACCAAUAAAGAUGGCAUUCUGGUGGAUGAGUUUGGCUUACCACAGAUUCCAACACAAGUUAAAACCACUUAAGUUGGGGGAUGCUUGUGUCUGUGUGUUGAAACUUAUAUAUAAUUAUUUUGCUGUAUUUUGUUGCUUGAGAUGGCUUUCUUUUUAUGUGAAAAGAGAAACUGCACGCGAAAUUUAGUCAUUUAUCUUAUGUUUUAAUAAACUCACAUUAUGUGAAAAUAA